AGCACAUCAUCGACUGUUUCAUAGUAUUUCUAUUAUUCUUGUUUUGUUUUGCUAUCGCACAUCUUUUGUCUUGCUAUCACCGUUAAUUACCCAAAAGGAGAAAGGAAACUUUGUGCUCUCUUGUUACACACACACACACACACACAUCUAUCAAAGCAACAAGCAUGUCUUCCCCAAGCCACUUUAAGAAGCUGGUGGUGACGUCGCUGUCGAGGGACUUCCGCAACUCCACGGCGGUGGUGGACGGUCACCUGCCGGAUGAGGUGCCGGAAGGAAAGGUUCGCCUGGCGGUGAAGUACGCUGGUGUCAACGCGAGCGAUUUGAACUUCGCCAACGGCUCCUACUUCAAGGAGACGAAGCUCCCCUUCGACUGCGGAUUCGAGGCCGUCGGCACGGUUGUGAAGGUCGGCCAUGGCGUGACGAACCUGAAGGAAGGCGACGCGGUGGCCGUCAUGCAGUAUGGGGCGUUCGCCGAGUUCAUCGAUGCGCCGGCGCUGGCGUGUGCCCUGGUACCGGACGCGAAGCCGGAGAACGUUGUCCUGCCAGUGAGUGCGCUGACCGCCGCCGUCGCCCUCGGUGAAGUGGGCUACGUGAAGAAGGGCGAGGUGGCGCUGGUGACCGCCGCGGCGGGUGGGACGGGUCAGAUCGCCGUGCAGCUGCUCAAGCACGUCUACGGCUGCACCGUCAUCGGCACCUGUUCCUCGGCGGAGAAGACGGACUUUUUGAAGAAGAUCGGCUGCGACCACGUCAUCAACUACAAGACGGAGAACGUCGAUGACCGCCUGCGCGAACUGGCGCCGAAUGGGGUAAACGUGGUUUACGAGUGUGUCGGCGGACAGAUCUUCAACGAGGCGGUGCGCCGCAUCGCCGUGCACGGCCGCAUCAUCGUCAUCGGCACCGUCUCGAGCUACAAGACCGGGGAGGUGGUGCCCUUCUCCAACCCGCGUGGCGUGUCGCUGCCGAUGGCGCUGUUAGGCAGGUCUGCCUCUCUCAACGGAUUCUUCCUCCCCCACUUCCACAACGUCAUUCCCAGGUACACCAAGGAGGUGCUUGCUGCCGUGGAGGCGGGGCAGGUGAAGCUGUUUGUGGAUCAGAAGGUGUUCAAGGGGAUUGGCAGCGUCGUGGAUGCCGUGGACCACUUGUACUCGGGCACCAGCUACGGCAAGGUGGUGGUGCAGAUCCAGUAG